CUGCGACACUAGACGUCAACAGACAUGGCGGAUAAUAAAGAGAAGCGCCGGUCUGCCGUUAUUCCUCCAGCCAUGGCCGACAGCAAAACGGCCAAAUGCGACAGCGACCGGGAGUUUCUGGCCCAGGCCGGGGUGGGCGAGCUGCUCCGGGGCGCGAUCCUCAAAAUGGUGGAGGCCAGAACAGACGACCCCAUCGGGUUCUUAGCGGACCACUUUUGCAACCUGGCCUCUGUGAGCGACGCUGGGACAGGGGGCAGCGAGGGGGACGAGAUGAACAACGGGACACUGGGGGGACGCGCCCACGAGCAGCAACGACUCAACCGCGCGCUCUGGCACCUGCGUUUGGCGCACCACUCGCACAGAUCAGCCUUCAGCAACAAUGUUCGAGUGGCUUAUGACCUCCUGAACGAGCCCUCCCCUCCGCCCUGUCCGCCUGACCUCCAGAUGACCGACACAGAGGGCUCCAGCUCCAUGGGCCCCUCAGGCUCAGAUGGAGAUGGAGGAGGUGUCCGUGGAGGCCUUUAUACCCAAACCCUCCAGUGCCUGUGCAGUGAGGGUGGGGUCCCUGCCUCCACCUCUGCCCCUCUCCUCCAUCGCCUCCACUGUCAGGACCACGAAGCUGUACCCUAUGAUGUGUUCCGCCAUGGGGUGCUCACAUGUGCCGUCUUCUCCGAUUACAUCCGCCAAGCUCAGAGGCUGUACGCCGAAGUGUGCUGCCCAGACGAGGAGCCUGUCUCUCGGGCACUGGGCAUGGCGGUGAUAGGGACUCUGAAAGAAGCUCUGGAGACAUCACAAGGCAGUGAAGCAAGACGUAGUGUGAAUGCGAACACUAAAAGCAACUCAGGUCUAGAAGCCAAUGUUAAAGCUCUACGGUAUUUGGAGGCCAGUGCUAAGCUGUCUCCAGAUCAGUUAGCUCAGGCCAUGGCCACAGCACAGACUAGAGGCCCUGGGGGUAGUAUGGAUGCUAAGGAGUUUGAGAAUGCAGCUGCUGAAGUGUUUAUAACAAGGGUCAAAGUUUUGUCAUAGGGAUUACUGAGUAAAAGAGGUGAACUAGCAGCUAUAGCCCAUCACUCAUAUUAACCAGUCUACACAUUUACAGGCUGCACAGUUUUGUUUAUUGGGCUGCCCAUGUUGUUAUGGGGUUUGCAAAGCAGACAAGUUACAUGGUAAUUUAUUGAGAUGUCUACUUCAAUGUAGCCUGAUGUAGCCUAUCUCCUUCCUGUCACAUUACUCAGACUCUGGGUGAGCAGUGGGAGUUAAGUGUGUUGUGCAGGGACACAACAACAGAAUGUUCAGACACCCACAUGACCAUGUGGCUACAAGGCACAUACUUCUUAACAGUGCACCAGACAAUAGCUUUGCAGCAGCCGAUGAACUUAUGAAGCGUGUCCUGUUUAUCGCAUCUUCACAUCAGGAACACAUGGCCUGCAAAGUCUUGUGUGUGUAAUAAUAAACCAUGAAUGUGUGUCUCUUUAAUAC